CUGAGUUCAACGGAAAAGCUGAAAACUUACGUAGUUUUAUAGAUGCAUUAGAAAUAAUAAAAGAAAUUCAAGGCGCACAUGAACUUUUAGCUGUAUCAUUAAUAAAACAAAGUUAAAAGGAACAGCAAGAAACUUAAUAGGACCGAAAAUACAAUAGACCAAAUCAUCAAACGACUUAAAGAUAAUGUUAAAGGUGAGUCUAUUAACAAUCUAUCUGCAAGGUUAUUGAAUCUUACGCAGAAUAACAAAACAGCUAAUGUCUAUACCCAAGAGGUAGAAAAGCUAGCUAAAGCUCUAGAAGGAGCAUAUAUUGAACAAGAAUUCAGCAUGGAACAAGCUAGAAUGCUUAGUACCAAACAUACGGUGACAGCAAUGAAGAAAAAUUGCAUUCACAACGAAGUAAAAGCAGUUUUGCGUGCUCAUACAUUCGACAACAUGGAUGACGCAAUAUCAGCAUUCAUAGAAACGUCAAAUGAAAUAUCGGAAGAAAAACACUCCAUCAUGUAUUACCAAAAUUACGCUCAACGCGGUGGAAACCGUGGUGGCGGAAAUUUCAGAGGCCGUAACUACAACAGAGGCGACCAAAGGUAUUACAACAAUGGUGGCAGUAGUAAUUAUAACUCUAAUAACUCUAGAGGCGGCUCAAAUAGAGGCGGCUCAAAUAGAGGUAAUGGAAGACACAAUAAUAACAAUCAAGUACGAGUUACACAAGGUAGCUCGGAAAACUCUCAAGCCCCUUGAGCAACCAAUCUUAAAAAUAUUUAAUAUAAAUCUAAAUCUCAGCAACGUAAUAAGAAUACAUAAUCAGAAAAAUAACAAAAUACUAACUUUAUUAGUCGAUACUGGAGCAAAUAUAUCAAUUCUAAAAGAUAACAACUUAAGCUCAGAAAUAAAUGAAAAUUUAAAACCAAUAUAUCAGGAAUUGGUCAGGGAAUUGUACAAUCAAUAGGAUUAGCUACAAUAGAUCUUCUCUUUGAUUAUUUCAUAAUCAGUCACAACUUCCAAAUAGUUCAAAACGAAUUUCCCGUACCUUGUGACGGAAUUCUGGGACUCGAUUUUAUAAAAAUUCAAUUGCACAUUAGAUUAUCAAAACGAUGAACUAAUAUUAAAACCAAGAACGUUAGAUUACCAAAUACAUGUACCGCUAUUGCAAAAUGAUAUUGAUAAUUCAAUGUUAUUACCAGCAAGGUCAGAAGUAAUGAGAAAAGUUACACUUCGGACUGAUAA